AUGCCCCAAUGCCAGGAUGAAUGCCCAGUUGGCACUUAUGGGCCACAGUGUGCUCACAAGUGUGACUGCCAGAACGGAGCCAAAUGCUACCACAUCAACGGUGCCUGCCUAUGUAACGAAGGCUUCAAGGGGCCUAGCUGUCAGGAUCGUUUCUGUCCCACUGGCCUGUAUGGACUCAUCUGUGACAAAUACUGCCCCUGCAUACAUACAAACACACUCAGCUGUCACCCUCUGUCAGGAGAGUGCACCUGUGCUGCGGGAUGGACUGGGCUUUACUGUGACGAGACCUGCCCACCAGGUUACUACGGUGAGGGCUGCAGAGAGCUGUGUGUUUGUGCUAAUGGAGCCUACUGUGAUGGCAUCACUGGAACUUGUAUCUGUGCACCAGGAUACAUAGGUGACGACUGCUCUAUCAGCUGUCCUGCAGGCCUGUACGGGGUCAACUGCUCCUCAUCGUGCUCCUGCCAAAAUGAGAUCUCCUGCUCCCACAUUGAUGGUUCCUGCAUCUGCAGAGAAGGUUGGCAGGGUGUAGACUGCUCCAUCCCUUGCUCCAGUGGAACUUGGGGACUGAGCUGCAAUCAGACAUGUCAGUGUGCCAAUGGGGCAUCUUGCAACCCCGUCAAUGGAACCUGUGCUUGCUCCCCGGGCUGGACGGAUGAAUACUGUGACGUACCGUGUCCUGAUGGAUUGUACGGCUUGGAUUGCAGAGAGAAAUGUGACUGUGUUAACUCCGAUGGCUGUGAUCCAGUAACGGGUUUCUGCCGCUGUCUUGCAGGUUGGACGGGUGUCCAUUGUGACAGUGUGUGCGAGGAGGGUCACUGGGGACCCAACUGCUCCUACAGCUGCACCUGCGAGAACGGGGGCUCCUGUUCUCCAGAGGAUGGCACCUGUGUGUGCGCUCCGGGCUACCGGGGCACCAACUGCAGAAGAACAUGUUCUCCUGGCUUCUAUGGCCAUCGUUGCAGUCAGAUGUGUCCUCAGUGUGUCCACAGCGAUGGGGCAUGCCACCACAUCACCGGCCACUGCAAAUGUCUCGCUGGAUUUUUUGGCUCCCUCUGCAACGAAGUAUGUCCCAGCGGAAAGUUUGGUAAAGCCUGUGCUGAGACCUGCUUGUGCACUAAUAAUGGCACUUGUAACCCCAUCGAUGGCUCCUGUCAGUGUUACCCUGGAUGGACCGACCAAGACUGUUCUAAGCCAUGUCCUUGGGGCUCAUGGGGCCUUGACUGCAUCCACACAUGUAACUGUCACAAUGGAGCUCAGUGCAGCGCUACAGAUGGAGAGUGUAUCUGCAGCCCUGGAUGGACAGGACUCUACUGUACUCAGCGCUGUCCUGCAGGUUUCUACGGGUCUCACUGUGCUGAGGUGUGUCGCUGUCAGAAUGGAGCAGACUGUGACCACAUCACGGGACAGUGCUCCUGCAGGACAGGCUUUAUAGGACACAGCUGUGAGCUCAAGUGUCCUGCAGGAACAUUUGGCUACGGCUGCCAGCAGCUGUGUGAGUGUAUGAACAAUGCCACCUGUGACUACGUGACCGGAACCUGCUACUGCAGCAUCGGAUUUAAAGGCAUCCGUUGUGACCAGGCGGCCUUAAUGAUGGAGGAGCUGAACCCCUACACCAAGAUCAGUCCAGCUCUGGCAUCGCAGCGGCAGUCGACGGGGGCUGUCCUGGGCAUCGUCUUCCUGCUGCUGAUGAUCAUGGCCAUGCUUGCUCUGGUGGUCUGGUUCCGUUAUCGACAAAGAGAGAAAGGCCACCGUGUGCCUAGUGUCACCUAUACACCUGCCCUGAACAUCAACUCCACUGACUACUCUCUCUCAGGGCUGCAGUGCACAGGCCUGCUCUCUUCUUCAGAGUCCUCUCCCAGUAGCAGCUCUUUAGGUGGCUGCUUCUCCAACCCCAGCUACCGCACCCUGGGGUCCUGCACCUAUGCCACACACUAUGCCAAGCCAGAUAAGAGGAGUUUCGCCAAGAUGAAGACAAAGAAGCAACACAGGAACAGCGCUCCAGAAUGGGGUGCCUACUGCAACCUCAGUGAGCUCGGUGUUUACUGCAUUAAUCAACGUUACAGCUACCACAUGGAGCCACGCUACAGAGACUAUGUGAAGAGUUCCUUGUCCAGCACCUGUUCCCUCAACAGUGAAAACCCGUACGCCACCAUAACUGACAAUCCCAAUCUAUGUAAGCACUCAGAGAGCAGCUACGUGGAGAUGAAAUCACCAGCACACCAUGAACACACGGCACACUGCUGUUCUGCUACCAUCAUCAGUACGACUACAACCACCACUGUGCCUGCCAAGAAUGUCUACAACAUGGAACCAACCAUAAGUAUUGUGCCGGGAAGUGGUGCUGCAGUGGUUCCCAGUUACCCUCAGAACCCAUACGACCUCCCCAGGAACAGCCACAUCCCGAGCCACUACGACCUGCUGCCAAUGCGCCCCAGCCCCUCCCACAGCCACAGCCUCACCCUGAACAGCUGCAGUCCCCCACUGCCCGGCAGCCCCACCAGUUCCCUGCUCUAGACCCCCCCAACAGGAUCCAGUGCACUCAGAACUAAGAAACUGAAGUAUGAAAGUAGAAAGUGUUUUGACACUGAUGAGUAAAUACAGGUUGAUAUUUAAAGGAUGGAGAAAAUGGGUUGCUGGGACUAAUACUUACUUAUUUAUUUUCUAAGUGGCAUUUUAUUUGUUUGUUUUGUUUGUUUUUGUUUUGCAGUGUUCAGACUGCUGGAUGGCUGUUUGACAUUUUAUUACGAUAUACCAACCAACCAGUCUGAGCUGUUUUGUGUCAGUCACCAGUACAUCUUUGUAUUCUUAAUUUCACACCAAAAUUGCCAGCAGGGGGGGCAAUACAAGUACAUAUACACAUAAAUAUACUCUUUUCAGCGAUUUUUGAGACAUCUCUACUCAGAAGAUGAAUGUCAAAAAAGAAACUGACUUGCUCGCGUAAAGACUGCAGUGGCUGUGCCAAAGAAAGGACUGAGGCCCACUUUACAUCUGCAAAGACUACUUUAUUUACUAGCAUGUCAGGUCCAAAUGAACAUCAUGUGGGCAUUACGGUUGUGCUGUGGGAACCGAUUUGUACAAAGAAAUCCAAUGGACUCCUCUGAAGAAAAGGCAUUCUAUCCUUUUAUUUCCCCAGAAAAAAGGAAUGAGAAAAGGACAGAAAAAAAGACAACUGGAGUAUCUUCAGACUUACAGCACCUGUAUUGUUGCGGUAUUUUAUACACACUGUUUCUUAUUUCGUGUUUACAUAUUUAAAGAUCCUGCUGGGGUUCAUGUUUUUGCUCAGAAAAGGUAUUUUUUGUAUGUACUGUAGACAAAGUGGUGUAUUUCAUGUACACUUACUGUACACCUAGUGAUUAUAGUUGUGAUUUUUUUUUCUUUAUGUUGAGCUUAUUAUACAUGCAUGUAAAAAGGUUAUUCAGGGCAUAAUGGUUAGUAAGGAAUACCCUUAUUUUUUGGCUUUUAUUGUGAUCAUGGUCAGAUGACUAAGCUCUUUUGCUGAUAAUUCUCAUGCUACUGUGGACAUGCCAUUUGGAACAUACUUCUUGGAAAUAUAAAUAUAUUUUAGGUUGGAAGUUAUGGUUACAACAGUUCUAUAGGCAACUUCCCCCUUCCCUGAUUUUAUUGUAAAGUCACUAGAUUUUUGUUACUAAACACAAUUAAAUGUGUUUUCAUGUAGCUCUGACAAAAAUGUGUUAUGCAACAUAGCAGUUACUUUAAAAUGAUAGACAUACAAUCACUUUAAGUAUUCAGACUGCUCUCCUUUUGCACACUCUAGAGAUUGUAGAUUUACAUUAUAACUGAUGAAAUAAUAGAUUUUCUGUUAUAUUUGUUCAUCAUCAUGCUUAGAAAUGUUUGAAUGAUUUCAACUAUUGUUAUUUUAACCUAACGAGUUAUUAAAAACUAAAACAAGCUGAAAAAAAUAAUUUACUAGACUUAAACCAGGCUUUUAAUUGGCUGAAACCCAUGAAGACCAACUGCUGCCAAAGGACUUAAACAAAGGAAUGAGUUAAGGAUUCACAAAUACAUUUUUAUUUUUGUCUUACAAAUACAUUGUUUCAUCAAAAAUUUGCAUUUACAAAGUGUGCAAAAGUAAAAGUGUCUGAAGCAACUAAAGUUCGGCUGUAGCAAACAGCAAUAAGAGGACAUGUUGACAAUCUUAUGUGUACAGCGAUGCUAUCCCAAUGAUUUGGUUUCCUGUUUUUGCUCUAUUUGCUCUGAUUUUAUCUUGUUUUUUUUCUAAUAUGUUUGAUUCAAACAAUAGUUCACGUGUAUAGGUGUAUUUAGUGCUGCUUACAUUUUCGUGGGGGGGGGUUGUUUUUGAAAACCCUGAAAUGAAUAAAGUCAUCACAGCUCAGGAGAGUGGUGUCAUAUCUUGAUUUUUUUUUUUUUUUAAACAAACGAACUCUGUUUUCACAAUACCUUUCAUCCAGAGAUAUAAAGCUGCAGUCAUGUGGUGGAAUGUUUCUGUUUUUAAUGUUUAACCAGAAGUUUGGGAGUCCUCCUUUUCCUGUAAAAAUGAUUCAGUUUGCUAAUCAGGUCUUAAUAGGGGGCAGCACGCCUGCCCAAUGAGUUCAUAUCCACCAUCUGGUCUUAUUGUAUGGAGUUUGCAUGUUCUCCUUGUUAUUACAUGGGUUCUCUCUGGGUGCUCCAGCUUCCUCGUACAAUCCAAAGACAUGCAGUUAAUGGGGCAGGGUUAUUUGGUGAUUCUGAAUUCCCAAAUUCUGGUUGUCCGUCUGUCUGUCUGUGUUAGCUUAGACUGGCGACCUGUCCAGGGUGAACGCUGCUUCUUGGGCUAUGGUAGCUGGAAGAUAAUGAAUGACUGGGUUUUAAUAAAAGUUGAAGGUGUAAUUGGCCAGAUUUGAAUUAUUAGUAGUAAUUUAUUGUAAUGGGAUGAUUCCCAGAUCUAUUUUAAUCACAUUGUGUUUAUUUGCUUCAGUUUAUCCUGCUAUCCACAUUAUAAAUCCUGGAACUGUCAGUGGGAAUCUUUUGAUUAUCCUAGUAGAUCAGAGUACUUAGUGAGGAAUAAUUACACCAUCAUCUCCAUCAGUAAGGCUAGUUGAGGUCCACAGGAGACAUCAUACAGCUCCUGAGAGACCAUACAUAAUAGUAGUUCUGUGGGUG